CCAUACACACAAACAUACCGUCCCUCCCUCGUAAAAAAAAAAAAAAUAGAGAAAAACCGUGCAGGUCUCAAGCUCCCCACACCAACUCCUCCAAUUACAGAUUCAAUAAUGGUCAGCGCUGGACGAUCCGCGCGCAGGCACCUCCCAGGUUUAUGAACGUCAACGCGUGAUUGGUGCGCUGUUGGAGAUGCUUACCAUUACGAGGGCCGUGACUGGUCGAGAUGCGGGCUGCGCGUACCGAUUUUUUUGUGGGUUGCAUGUAAUCAAUGCUUUGUCCUCUACUAUUGCUCGGUGUGUUCUCUUGUAUGGGUUAUGUCCGAAGCCCAUUGGUGUUUACGUUCGGAGGAAGUGUAGCGAUGUCCGCGGAGCGGGUUGAGA